AUGCCUGGCCAACGCAUCCUCCUCUUUAUUGUAGCUCAGGCUUUCUUUGCUGGACUUGCCGUGUUUCUCGCUCAUUCGCCGUAUCUUAAUAUGUCCGCCUCACCGACUGGUAGCCAGCCAUGGGCUGAUGGACCUAUGAAGCUGGUGACAACACCACAGUAUGAGACUAAGAAGACCGAUCUCUUCACCACAGGCGCAACUCACAUGGCGCUUUUACACAAUGCCAUCAUUCGUGGCUUCAAUUCCAUCUACCUCCAAGCUCCUCAUGUGAAGGAGGCCGACAAGGCCGAUUUCAUUGGAUAUUCUCAGACUUGGUUCAAGUUCGUCAAAUCGCACCACGAUGAUGAGGAGGACAACCUCUUCCCCAAGGUUCAAGAGCUUCUCGGUGAUGAGCCAGUAUGGGACGAGACCCAUCAUGAGCAUGAGUCGUUCCUUGCGCCCCUCGCCGAGUUCAACACAUACCUCUCUAACCUCGCCUCACCCAACGAUCUCGAUGGUGCUCAAGUCAUCAAGCUCCUGGAUGCCUUCAAGGAGCCCUUUGAGCAUCACUUCCACAGCGAAAUCUCCACCAUCGCCGCUCUUUCGAAUCACCCUAAGGCUCCCAAGGAAGACACCCCUGAAGGCACCGCCGCUGGCCUGACCUUUAAGGCAUGGGGCAAGAAGACAGUCACAAAGGCUGGCGUGCUCGAUGUUGUACCUUUCUUCCUCCUGAACUUGGAUCGAACCGCCGAGGAGGGUAUGUGGGCUAACUGGCCCCCAAUGCCUGCGCCUAUCUCUUGGGGCCUGACAAAUAUCGCGGGUUCUUGGUACGGGAAGUGGUGGAAGUUUUCGAGCUGUGAUUCGCAGGGCAAGCCUCAGGAGCUCUACGCUCUUCGGAGUCUGAAGCAGUGA